AUGCAAGUCCUUCUACUCGGUGGCCACGGCAAAGUGGCCCUCCAUAUGACGCCGCUCCUUCUCAACAGAGCUUGGAAUGUCACCAGCGUGGUGCGCAACCCGGACCACGAGAGCGAGAUCCUAGCACUCGGCAAGGGCCGUAAGGGCAAAAUUGACGUGCUAGUCGCCAGCCUGGACGAUGUCAAGAGUGUCUCGGAUGCCAGAAAGAUCCUCGACUCCGUGACUCCAGACUAUGUGGUUUGGUCGGCCGGUGCCGGCGGCAAAGGCGGCCCAGCCAGAACAAUCGCCAUUGACCAAGAAGCCGCCAAACACUUCUUGACCGCCUCCUUCUCCUCAUCUAGCGUAACUAAAUUUCUAAUGGUCUCAUACCUCGGCAGCCGCAAGAAGCAACCUCACUGGAUGCCCGACGAUACAUGGGCGGAUAUCGUCCGCACUAAAACCGAAGUCCUCCCCACCUACGCCAAAGCCAAGCAAGAAGCAGACGAGUAUAUGACCGCGCUCGCCGCGCGCCGUAAGCUGGAUACUGCGGCUGGUCCGUUCCAGGCGAUCAACCUGCGUCCGGGAACUUUGACGUCAGAACCAGCUACGAGGAAGGUUGAGCUAGGUAUUACAACGAAUGGGCCUGAGCGUGGCACUGUAACGCGUGAGGAUGUUGCCAUUGUUGCCGAUCAGUUGCUUGCUAGGAAUGAUGUAGAGGGGUGGAUUGACCUCGUUAAUGGGGAUGUCCCGGUGGAGGAGGCCGUUGAGAAGGUUGCGAAGGAGAAGAUUGAUGCUGUUGAGGGGGAGGAUGUGGAGGGAAUGAUCAAGAGGUUCUUCCCCUAA